UCCCUCUCCCGCCGGCCUCUGCGUCCCAGAAUCCAAGAUGGCGGGAUCCAGGCUAAGGGGUCCCCAGGCCAGAGCCUUGCCGCUUCUCUGCGCCCUGCUGCUGUCACUCAGUCGCUUCGUCCGGGGCGACGGCAUGGGAGGCGACCCCGCGGCCGCCGGUGCUGCGGACACGCCGGCUGUGAUGCCACAUCGCCGUUUCGAGUACAAAUACAGCUUCAAGGGGCCGCACCUGGUGCAGAGCGAUGGGACCGUGCCCUUCUGGGCCCACGCGGGGAAUGCUAUUGCAAGUUCAGAUCAAAUUCGAAUAGCACCAUCUUUAAAAAGCCAAAGAGGGUCAGUGUGGACAAAGACAAAAGCAGCCUUUGAGAACUGGGAAUUGGAGGUGACAUUUCGAGUGACUGGAAGAGGUCGAAUUGGAGCCGAUGGCCUAGCAGUUUGGUAUACAGAAAAUCAAGGCUUGGAGGGCCCUGUGUUUGGAUCAGCUGAUAUGUGGAAUGGCGUUGGAAUAUUUUUUGAUUCUUUUGACAAUGAUGGAAAGAAAAAUAAUCCUGCUAUAGUUAUUGUAGGCAACAAUGGACAAAUCCAUUAUGACCAUCAAAAUGAUGGUGCCACGCAAGCCCUAGCAAGUUGUCUGAGGGACUUUCGCAAUAAACCCUAUCCUGUUCGGGCGAAGAUUGUAUAUUACCAGAAAACUCUGACAGUAAUGAUCAAUAAUGGCUUUACACCAAAUAGAAAUGAUUAUGAAUUUUGCGCCAAAGUAGAAAAUAUGGUGAUCCCUCCACAAGGGUAUUUUGGAAUAUCUGCUGCAACGGGAGGUCUUGCAGAUGACCAUGAUGUUCUUUCUUUUCUGACUUUCCAAUUGACUGAGCCUGGAAAGGAGCCACCUACACCAGAUAAAGAAAUUUCAGAAAAAGAAAAAGAAAAGUAUCAGGAGGAAUUUGAGCACUUUCAACAAGAAUUGGACAAAAAAAAAGAGGAAUUCCAGAAGGAUCACCCUGACCUUCAGGGACAACCUGCGGAUGAAAUAUUUGAGAGUGUAGGAGAUCGUGAGCUAAGACAAAUCUUUGAAGGACAGAAUCGUAUUCAUCUUGAAAUUAAGCAGCUGAACCGACAAUUAGAUAUGAUUCUUGAUGAACAGAGAAGAUAUGUCUCUUCCCUGACAGAAGAAAUAUCUAAGAGAGGAGCAGGGAUCCCAGGGCAGCAUGGGCAGAUCACUCAACAAGAAUUGGAUACUGUUGUGAAAACUCAGCAUGAGAUUCUGAGACAAGUAAAUGAAAUGAAGAAUUCCAUGAGUGAAACUGUCAGACUGGUCAGUGGGAUACAGCACCCCAGUUCUGCAGGAGGAGUCUAUGAGACCACACAGCACUUCAUGGACAUCAAGGAGCACCUGCACAUAGUGAAGAGGGACAUAGACAACUUAGUACAGCGAAAUGUGCCAUCCAAUGAAAGAUCAAAAUGCCCAGAACUACCACCAUUUCCAUCAUGUUUAUCGACGGUUCACUUCAUCGUAUUUGUAAUUGUACAGACACUGCUGUUCAUUGGUUACAUCAUGUAUAGGACUCAGCAAGAAGCAGCUGCCAAAAAAUUCUUUUGACCACCAUUUUCAUGUGUGUACAUCAUGUAUGUAUGUACAAAAUGUCUUUUUGAGGGACUUAUAAGUAUUUAAAUUACUUCAUAGUCUAAAUUAUUAAAUUUUAUAUAAAAUAAAACAUUGUUUAAACAUUGAUUUUUUUUUCGGUAAGAAUAAACCUUAAAGAUAACCACAUGUAAAUUUAUUCAUAGUACAUAAAUCUGUUUAAAUUUCAGUGAACUGGUUAGUAGAAUGUAGCCACUGAAUAAAAUAUUGACAAGAGGAUAAAUACUAAAAAAUAAAAAAUAGAAAUAAUAGAAAAUGGAUAUGAGUGUAACCCACUAAGUCUCUAAUAUGGAGAGGCUUAUUUAUUUAACAUAAACACACUUGUCCUCUUGCCUCCCAGAAUAUGGGUCUAAGUAACAGCUCUCCAUCAUAUUUUGUCACCAAAGUCUUAAAGGUUGGAAUUUCCUAAACUAAGACCUGGCUUUGCAGUUCUUUAAUCUUAAUAUAGCUCCCUCUGGAAUCAAAGAAUGUUUUGUCUCAGAGCUUUAUGAUGUGGUUAAUAAGCUUCAGAUGUUUAAUGAAAUGUUUUUCCCUCUGAUUAUCAAUGCUACAUCUCACCGUUAAAGGAAAUUUUAGGGAAAAAUUAAGAGCUGCAUUUUGCCUAAAAAGUCACUUAGAAGAAAACAUUCCUCUGAUAAUAGUUUUUAAUGGUUAUUUUUGCCUGGUGAUGUAUUCAUUUCAGAAUGGCCCAUAUUCUUGAGUGUCUUCAUUCAAUAUUAUAAAAAAUAAUUUUUGUACUUAUAUUUUUAAUUUAAGGAAUUUAUUUCUCUUAUUUUGUCCAACGUAAUUCAGCUCAGAUUGCAUGUUUUAAGAAUAUUUUGAGUUCACAAAACCUACCACUACACUGUGGUUUACAUUACUCUGUGUAACCCAGGAUUUGUUACUCCUUGUAUACUCUUACAUUAAGGAGGCUUGAUUUAGAAGCAGUUUUAAGAUUUUUGAGGGCAAAAAUUGAAAAAUAGAGCAAAAUACUUCUGAUUUCUUCCUUUUAAUGCCAGAACUAAGGAUGUUGUAAAGCACUUGUUAGUAAACUUAACCAUGAAAUGUUAGACUGGAAGGAGAUUUUAUAGUCUUUGUACAUAGUUCUGGGUGUUAGAGAAACCAUCUGUAAAUGACAUUUUAUAAAUACAGAUUUAGUUUUUGUUUUCACACCUGGUGUAGACUUACUUUUGCUUGCUUCAAAAUACUCUUUUACCUAAAGUGAUUUGAUUCUCUUUCCUUUGCCAUAGGAUCGAGAGUAAUACUGUUUUAUAAAAUAGUACUAUUGAAUUCUUCCAAGCCUCCCAAGAUUCCUCUCAAAUGUCAUUUACAGAUUGGGUUAAUGAAUUUAAAAUUUCUAUAAAGACUUCGUGAAGAACUGUGCAGUAUAGCAGUACCUAACUAGCACUGUGUGUGCGAACAGUCUUGGAUUGCUUCUUGUGUAAGUGUUUAUCCUAGAACACAGAAAGAGAAUAACUAAUGACGACUCACUCUACUUUGGUCACUUCAACGUUGAAAAAGUUCCUCUCACAUUUCUCCUUUGUGUUAACAUUUUGAAAUUCAUGUUGCGGAGACAUCAUCAUCACAGAAUUUACUCAUAUUCCAUGAAAAAAAAAAUUACCCUCAGAAGAAUAUGUUGUAGACUGGAACCUGGGAAAUCCUCUUGAGAUAAAGGCUGCCAAGUCCAGUAUUUUUUAAAGCUCAUGGUUACAUGUGCCUGAACAUUAAAGAAAUAUAGGAUCUAUGCAGUAUAUACUUUUCAGGUUAGAAUUCAAGGGGAAUUCUUCUGAUUGUUCCUAAUACUAGUGGAGAUGGUUGUUAUGAAAAAGAAUGAGUACGAAUUUUUUUCUUAUUAAUUUAAUUUGCUUGAAAAUCAGUAAAAUAGUUCAUGUAGGACAUUUAUCUUAUUAUUUGAAAUUUGUUUUCCUCAAAAUCAUCAAGUAGCUCAUUUUUUAACAAAGUGUUUCAGUCUGUGGAAAAAUCAAUCACUGCCAGAAUUUUUUCAUUUUUGUACUAUUAUGUAUAAUUGAAUUUAGUCACUUCUCUCACACCAGCAAGUAUUUUACAGGUGCCUUGGAUUAAAACAAAAUUUAUUUAAAAUUUUUAAUGUAAGUUGUUGUGUUUAUGAUGCUACUUUUAAAAAGAAAAUGCAAUUACAUAAUGGCUGAUGCCCUUAAUUAAUAUACUUAUUUGUAUUCCAAUUGUUUGAAUGUUUUAUUCAGCUUGAAACUUUACCAUGAAGUCACAAUAACCAAUGUUCUGUUAUGUGUUAAAGGCAUAUUAGUGUUCUUAAAGUAUAGUCCAUGGACCAGUCUGGGUCAUGGAGUGCUUGUUUAAAAUACAGAUUUCAGGGCCCCAUUCCAAGUCACCUGUAUUAAAACUCAGGGGUGGGAGGGCUUCAGAGUAUCAGUGUUCAACAAGCAUCUCAGAUGAUUCUGAGCACACUAAUGGUUGAGAACCACUAAAAUGGAGAGUGAAAAAUAGGUCUUUU